AUGCACCGCGGUUACGCGGUGAUCUCUCAGGAUAGCCACCUUAUGAUGAAUUUCAGCUUGAAAGUAGCGAAUUCUAUCUUGCAAAAUAGUCUUGCUGCUACUAAGGAUGAUGAUCAUAAGAAUAAGAAUGUGGUAUGUUCGCCGAUUUCGAUCGACAACGUGGUGAAUAUUCUUGUACUUGGUACAAAGGGUCCUACGCUAAAACAGUUGCUUGAGCUUGUUGGAUGCAACACCGUCGAUGAAGUUAAUGCGACGGCGGCUGUAUUAGCCGGUGUUCUUAAAGAAGCUAACGGGGAUGAUGCGCCUGAAGUAUGUUUUACUAAUACUUUGUGGGUUGAUCAGCAUUUUCCUCUCAAUGCGUCGUUUAGAGAGGUUUUAAGGAAUGAACACAAAACUGAAGCUUGGGCCGUUGAUUUUAAGAACCAGGAGGAGGUACAACAAGUGAUAAACGAAGUAAACUUAUGGGCAGAAGCAGAAUCAAAAGGUUUAAUCAAACAAAUAGUAUCAAAAAAUGCUGUAACUAACGAAACCAUGAUGCUACUGAUAAAUGCAUUAUACUUCAAAGGAACUUGGGUUGAUAGAUUCAAGCCAGAAAACACAAAAGAUGGAGACUUUUACUUGCUCAAUGGAACCAAAGUUGAAACUCUCUUCAUGAACAACAAUUAUAAAAGUUUUGAUUAUGGAACUUUUGAAGGAUGUCAAGUAUUAAGGAUGCUAUACAACGAAGAAAUAGUUCCUAAAGGUGAAAAACCAAGGAGUUUCUCCAUGUAUAUCUUCCUUCCGGAAGCGAAAAACGGGUUAAUAGAUCUCUUAGAGUACCUGAACACGAACACAAACACGAACACGAACAUAUUCAAGGACAAAAUUAAGCUCAAGUGUGAGAAUAUUGACAAACUUUCGAUUCCGAAAUUCGAUCUCGAAUGCAACCUUAAACUCUCGGAGACUAUGAAAGGAUUAGGAAUGACAUUGCCAUUUGAUGAGUACAGUAUGGAUCUUACGGGAUUCAUUGACUUUCCGCUUGAAGGACAAGGGCUAUAUGUUACAGACAUUGUGCAAAAAUGUCGUGUUGAAAUAGAUGAAGAAGGAACUAAAGCCGUGGCUUUUACUGAAGUUCAUGGUUUGGCUACUAGGGCUCCACGGCUUCCUCUGCCGCCGCCGCCGCCUCCGAUUAACUUCGUGGCGGAUCAUCCUUUUAUGUUCAUGAUUAGGGAGGAUUUUUCAGGUGCUAUACUUUUUGUUGGCACAGUGGUUAACCCUAUUAAGAGCUCAAUAUUGGAAGCAACUUAA